CAGACAAUCGCAUGUGUCAAGCUGGCCACGUUUAAAACCUCGGACCAACAACAGCAGUUGUCGCGACUACAAAAGCAUACGAUAUCCCAGAACCUACGUGCGCGUCUUCACAAUGAGCGGCCCCGUCCAUAUCGCAUCUGAUGGCGAGUGGGAUUCACUCCUGUCCGGCACCAGCGUGGUUGUCGCAGACUUUUACGCCGACUGGUGUGGCCCUUGCAAGAUGAUCGCGCCGCACUUUGAGCGCCUCGCCAAGGAGCACUCCUCACCGAAGAAGGUCGCCUUUGCCAAGGUGAACGUCGAUAACCAAGCCAAUAUUGCCCGCACGAACGGCAUCACGGCCAUGCCCACGUUCAAGAUAUUCCACAACGGCACAGCCAUCGAGACCAUUCGAGGCGCCAACCCGUCGGCCCUGACCGAAGCCGUCAACAAGGCCGUUUCGCUCAGCGGCAGCAGUGGCAAGAAAGCCGAGGCCGUGUUCAAGACCCCCGGCAGGACCCUUGGCGGCGAUGGGCCCGUUCAGGGCCAGGGCCGCCCUUGGAAUGUGUCUUCACUGCUGAAUAUUGUCAUCAUGCUCGUCGGACUGUACUUGACGUCUUUAUUUUCGGCACGUAAAAAGGAGGCCCAGAUUGACGCUUUCAAGGCUGCGGAACAGUCCAUGUUUAACCCGAACAAACAGCCAGCGCCGCAGCUGAAGCCAACAGCGGCCAAAGGGCCUGCGCCAGCAGGUAGCGCCCGGGGGCAGCAACAACAGCAAAAGCCAGCGUUUAGGACCCUAGCCGACUUACGAUGUUUUUCCAACUCUAGUAUUGCUUUUCAGGAAUCUCAUGAUGUAUCAAAGAGCCAAUCUCCAGAUGAUAUUGAAAAAGUAGUUCGAGAAGCAAAGCAGCGCUUUAGAGACACACUUCCAAAGGGCUAUCUCAAUGAAGAAGAGUAUGCACUUUAUGAACGGCUUUAUGGUCCACCACUUCGAGAGACUGCGCCAGAAGAUGUUGGCAUUCCAACUCACGCGGACAUGGGAGGCCAAUCCCCGCGUCCAACUGAUGAAGGGACAUUGCUGCGACAGUCUGAAGAGGGAGGUUUUGAGGAAGUGACUUACAGGAUCCCCCCGCGGCAGGGCGACGAGCCAGGGCUAUCGUCAGAAUCUGAACAGCUCGUAGAAUCCGACUCUGCGAUAGAAUCAGUUGAAGAGCCUUCAGAUUAUGUUGAUGCCGUUGCCAGAAAUCCAAGGGAGCGCGAAGCACUGCAAAGGCUCAUGCUAGAUUUUAAGACGGCGCAAAAGAAGCAGCUAGAAGAUGAAAUUGCAGCUGCGAGAGAAGAGGCCGAGGCCGAGCAGGAGGCAUAUGAAAUGGAGGAAGAAGAAGAGCUAUUCCCAGAGUCAGAAGAACCCCUUGCCGAUACAGAGUGGGAGAUGGGUUCCGGAGAGUCACGACGAUUCCACCCUUACACCUUGGACGGCAGAUUUCAUGGAAGCCCCGUCGAAAUCUCGCUACCUCAAAGCAGUCUCGUUACGCCCAUACGUGAUCUCUUGGAUAGGACUCAUUUAGGUCAUGUCAAGACGGCUGCCGAAGCAGCUUUUGGUGGACAAGGGUUGCCGACGUCUCCAUAUACGCCGGAAGGGAGAAAAAACGGGCAAAUGGGAGGGGUUGGCUUGCCUCCUGAUCAGCGACACAUGACGGAGAUUGAGGCAGACGCGUUUCUAGCCGGCUAUCUACCUCCUUCGUAUGCUUCUGUUGUGUCAGUUUUGCGGGAGGUACGGAAACGACUGGGCAGUGACUGGAUCAGGCAACGCCUCCAAAAAGACGAAUCUGCAGGGCUGAGUGUCUUAGACGCUGGUGCUGGCGGUGCUGGUUUAGUUGCUUGGGAGCAAGUCCUCCAGGCGGAGUGGGAUUUAUUGAGAGAACAGGGUGUGGUUAAAGGCUCACAACCUCCUGGGAGGAAAACCGUGAUUGCUGGAUCGGAUCGGCUGCGACAUAGGCUGAAGAGUUUCCUACACAACACUACGUUCUUGCCUCGAUUGCCAGAUUACGAACACUCUGGUGAGAUGCAAGGUGAGCGCCUGGAUGCUGGUGAUAAGCCACAGGCACGAAAAAGCUAUGAUCUCAUCAUUGCCUCGCAUCUAUUCCUCAAAGAGAAGCAGGAUCAUUACCGUCAGGCCGUUUUGAACAACCUCUGGACCCUCCUUAACAAGGACGGUGGUGUGCUUAUUGUAAUCGAAAAGGCGCAUCCCCGUGGAUUCGAAGCGGUCGCCCAUGUGAGAGAUACGCUUCUGAAACAGUUCCUUUUACCCCAAAAUGGCGAGCCCGGUAUUCCGACUGAAGAAUUGAACCCGGCAUAUCAUAAGGAACGGGAACCCGGUCACAUCAUCGCACCAUGCACAAAUCAUGGAACGUGUCCUAUGUACAAGGAAGUUGGGAAGAGCAAAGGCCGGAAAGAUUACUGCUACUUCAACCAACGGUUCACACGGCCUACAUUUUAUACAAAAAUGCUAGGCAAUAGCACAAACAACCAGGGCGACGUGGAGUUUAGCUACGUGGCGAUUCAACGUGGCCGCGCAAAGGCAGACCAGCUCCCAGGGUGGAAAUCGACCGAGCAGGCCUUUGCAGGCUAUGAAAAGUCCCCAAGUCGACCAGACAUGCAAACUCUACCUAGGAUGGUCCUACCACCGCUGAAGCGCAAAGGUCACGUCACGCUAGAUGUGUGCACGCCCGAAGGCAAGAUUGAGCGAUGGACAGUGCCGAAGAGCUUCAGCAAGCUCGCUUACCACGAUGCGAGAAAAUCGCACUGGGGGGACCUCUGGGCUCUAGGCGCCAAGACCAGGGUAUCUCGCAGCGUCCGAGUCGGCAGCGGGGUAGACGAUGGAGGCAAGCGGGCUGAAGGCGGCAAGAAGCCUCGCAAGGUUGAGAUUACAAUGGAUGGGGGCCGUCUGUCCGCGAACGAGAAGAAUGCGCGAAAGGAACGCAGGACCAAAGGCAAGCGAGAUCGACAAACUGAUUUGAUCAAGGAGAUUUUAGAAGCUGAGGAUAUUGAAGAGCUGGAGAUUGAGAGAGAGAUAGACGCGGAGGUGGCAGAGGAGCUUGAAUUGGCCAAGGAGGAGAAGCGCGGAGGGAGGCGAUGAAUGUAGAAGUGAGAAACUGUACUAUAUAUGACUUGGAGAACUGCAUGUAUAUUAAUGGUCUAGGGAGCUCUUUGGAGGGCUAUAUGAGAUAUCU